AUGAAGCUUCUUAAUAUGUACAUUUUCGACGUAUAUGGGAAUAAAGUGCUCUACAAGGAAUGGGCGCAAUUAAAAAUGACAAACACAAAGGAAAAUGAAGCAAAGUUGAUUCAAGGAAUGCUUAUUGGUCUCAAAGCUGUCUGUUCGAAACUAUCACCGUUGGAAAAUGGCAUACAUUCGUUGUCCUACAAGACGAAUAAGUAUCGCCUUCAUUACUUUGAAGGUCCCACUGGAUUAAAGAUCGUUCUUACUUCUGAUGCUGCAUCUUCUCCUGUUUUGCAAGACCUGGAGAAUGUUUACAGGAUGUAUGUUGAAUAUGUUGUAAAGUCUCCUGGGUAUGAUCCAUCUGUUGCCGUUGCAAGUACUUUAUUUUUCCAAAAACUUGAAGAGUGGGCUCACAAUCUCUCCUAA